AUGGCUAUUGCCGAAAAUGAUCUCAAGUUCUCUAGGAAACUAGUGGAUAGCUUCAUAUGUAGGCAGCUGAUUACCUCAAAGCUGCAUGAGAAGUGGUUUGUUUUUGCGAGGACGCCUCUCCGGUUUUCGCUUCUGGAGUACCAUGUUGUGACAGGCCUCAAGAUUACACGGGAAACUAACAGUGACGUAGUGAAAUGGAAAAACGACGGGGUUUUUUGGAGUAACCUACUGCACACAGGUGGUAAGAUCACCUUACAGUCGAUCAGAAAGGUUCAUCUACAAGAAGUUCACACUUGGACGCGGCUUGAUAAGAUGAGGUUGAUCUACUUGUGUGUAAUAGUGGGUGUGGUGAUGGGGAGAGAUGAGAAGGUGUCCAUCCCUCAUAUGUACAUCAAGUUGGUGAUGGAUUUUGACAAGGUUCGGAAGUUCCAUUGGGGUCUUCACUCGUAUGAUUUCCUGUUGAGUUCGAUUGAGAAGGCAAUGAAGAAGUUGGGUAAGAAGGAGAGCUACAUUUUCGAGGGUUUCUCCUAUGCUCUCCAGAUUUGGAUUAUGGAGGCAAUUCCUGAUUUUGGAGAAAUAUUAGGCAGAAGAGUCUCAGACAGCUUCAAAGGUCCAAGGUGUGGCAAUUGGAAAGGAGUUGCAAAAGUUUCUUAUGAAGACAUCAUUGAGCUCGAGGACUCCUUAACUAAGAAGGAUAACUUCUUCUCGGUCAUAUCAGUGACUGGAAACUAUCCUAGCAAGAAAGAAGCUGAAGAAGCUCCACUAAACAUCAAAGCCAAGAAAGCUCCACCUAAGAGCAAAGGCGCUCAAGCUCCACCUAAGAGCAAAGGCGCUCAAGCCCCAUCUAAGCGCAAAGGCGAUCAACCUACUCCAACAAAAAAGUGGAAUAAUGAGCAAAUAGAUCGAACCAAAGAAGACUCGCCAGAUGCCGCAUUGGUGUUUUUCCGUAAAGAGGAUUGGGAAAAAGUUAAAACUUGGUCAACUUCCUCCACUGGGAAUCAUUGGAUCGCCUUGUGCAUCAUUUUCGUGACGAGGAGCAUUGAUGUGUUCGCCUGCUCGGGUAGGAAAAGGUACAAGGAGGUGGAUGGGUUCGCAAACCUUAUUCCGCGUAUUGUCAAAGCAGGUCAGCCUAUGAGACACCAGAAGGAUUUUGCAGUCGGUGCAUAUACUGUUUCCUAUGUCCCUGUUGGGAAUCUGAAUAAAAGUGCAUGUGACUGUGGCGUCUAUGCAGUGAAGUUCAUUGAGUGCCAUGCGCUUGGAUUGGAGUUGUCGUUGUUGCAUGAUGGUAACAUUAUCGAAGCUCGCCACAGGAUUUUAUGGGAUCUUUGGGAAGCAGCUAAUGAUCUAGAAUUGAUUGACAGGAUGUCAAAGUAUCAAUCCCCAGAGUGUCUCUCUUCGACUGUAGAGGAGAUUCUGUGA